AUGAAUCUCUCUCCUGAAAUUGGUAAAUACCUGGGUUUUCCUCUUAGUAAGAAAAGAAAACCAAGUGAAACUUUCCAAUACAUUGUUGAUCAGGUUCGAUCAAAACUUGAAGCUUGGAAGGCCAACAGUUUAUCUAUGGCUAGUAGGAUUACUCUUUCUAAAUCUGUUUUGAGUUCUAUUCCUCUUUAUCCAAUGCAAGUAGCCCAGAUCCCAAAGAAAAUCUGUACUGAGGCCGAAAGAAGAGAAACUUUAUUUGGGGCCACUGUGAUUCUCGUGGGUGUAGCUGUGUGGAAAUUAUGGAACCGGAGGAAUAGUGCAGCUUUUGACACAACUUUUACUAGACCAAUUAAUACUUCUGCUUAUUUGAGAAACUGGAAACUCUACUCUAUGAACACUAAUUGUGAUGGAGAGGCAAAUCUGAAUGUAAAUUAUGAUGCUAAAACUUCUUAUUCUUGGAUUUCCCCUCCUCCUAAAUGGAUUAAAUUAAAUGUGUAUGGUGCUAUGGCUUUGAACUCCUACAAAGUUGGUUGUGGUGGCUUAUUACGUGACUUUAAGGGCCAUUGGAUUGUUGGAUUUGCUUAA